ACAUUAAACAUAGGUAUAGAUAAAACUUACCAGUUCCAUUUCCAUCGAACACACGAAAAACAAAAUGAUGCCGCUACCACUUUUCCCUCGUAGUUUCAGAAACAAGUUCCCAUCGCACUGAACUCAACUCAACUGCCUGGAAACGCCGCCGGAAACAGUUGCUGCUGAAUACUUUUUGUUGAAAUGGAUUCAACGCCUUUUACAACUGAAUUCUUGCCUAGAACCUUAAACCCAUUUUCACCUUACAAUAAAUUUUCCUUUUUUAAACCUUUCAAUAAAUCCCAAACCCUAAUAAAAUUUCAACCCUACAAAAGAUUUGAAGUUGUUUCGUUGGCCCAAAACGCGAAACCGGAGAGUGAAUUUGGGAUUUUUAGUAAGAAUUGUGAUGUGUUUAGUAGAAGAGAUGUUGGGUGUUAUGCGGGUCGUAGUAAGAAGACCGGUGGUGCGUCGUCUUCUGGUGGUAGAUUGGAAGGUAAUGCUGAUUUUCGGAGACGGAUGAAGCGUAAUGCGAGGGUGAAAAGUAAGAAGCUUGCUGAGAGUUUGUUUUAUAGGUUGAAAAACCCUAGGGGACGUGGGAAUUAUCCCGAUAAUUUUUCGGAGGAUUUGUUACAGCAGAUUGGUCUUGGAUAUGAUCGAAUGGUGAGGUUUAUGGAGAAGGAUGAUCCAAAUUUGAGGCAUCCGUAUGAUUGGUAUAAGUAUGGUGAAUAUGGGCCGUAUUCUUGGCGUGGAAUUGUUGUUGGUGAGCCGGUUAGUGGUGGGAUUACGGAUGAGUGUGUGACGAUAAUUAAUGAAGUGAAGGAUCAUGAAGAGUGGGAGGAGAUUGAGAAAUCUGAAAUGGCUGCUGAUUUUGGGAAAAAAGUGAAGCAGUUGGAUCAAACUAAGUUAAGGUAUUUUUGGGUUUUCAUUAGGCAUCCUAAGUGGAGAGUUUCCGAACUUCCUUGGCAGCAAUGGACAUUAGUUAGUGAAGUGGUACUUGAAGCUGGUAAACAGAGAUUAGAUAAGUGGACUUUGAUGGGUAGACUUGGGAACAAGGCUAGGUCGUUGGUAGCACAAUGUGCAGCGUGGAUGAGACCUGAUAUCGUGUAUGUCAAGCGGCCGGUGUUCCAGUGUAGGUUUGAGCCACAGGAUAAUUUUUUUAAUGCAAUAAUUCCGUUUCUUGAUCCUCGCACGGAACAAGAUUACCUUUGUCAGUUAGAAAAUGAUGAUGGCAGUGUUGAGACGUGUACUUAUUAUGGUGGAUUGUGUAAGCUUGUGAAGGUGAAUCAAAAGGCUUUUGUUGAUGAUGUGGUUAAUGCAUAUCAGAAAUUGAGUGAUGAAAAAAAGUCCAAAUGUUUGGAAUUUCUAUUGGGCCAUCAUCCGGUGCAAAUUUUACAUCCAUAUACUAAAGAGUGGAAGGCUAAGUUGGAAGAGAUGGAGCUUGGUUGUGAUGCUCCUGAUGAAGAAGAUGAUGAUAUUGUUGGUGAUAAUGAUACUGAGAUUAUAGAUUGGAUUGAGGAUGAAGGUAGUGACGGAGAUGCUGAAUUUGAUGAUGGUGGUGAAUUUGAUGAUGAUGAUGAUGAUCAAGAGAUGGAGGAGGAGGAUGAGGAGAUUGAUAAUUUUGAUAUCAAUGCAGACCAAGAUCUAGUUACGGACAUGGAAGAAAGCAAAGAUGGUAAAUUCCAUGCCAUGGAAGAAGAUGUGAAGGGCUGGAAGGAGUUUCGGAAAGCAACAAACAGUGCAGAAGCAAUAGAAAAUAUGGCAAGGAAGAGUGUCAAACUCUCUACAGAGCUAUAUAAGAAGCAAAUGAUGACAGCGGAUGCAGGGGAAGAAACAACGCGUUCAGUAGACGGAGACGAAACUGUUUUAAGAGGAAAGCGAGCAAAGGUUAGUCCAGAAGAGUGGAAGUAUGUUGGGGUCGGUCCGUGGAGAAAAAAGAUUAAGAAGAGCAAACUUCCUCCAGAUCUAUUUCUGCGAGCAGCUGUUCGGCCUUUCAAUUACAGAAAUCUUGUUAAAGAGAUUGUUUUAACUAGGCAUGCAAUUUUGGAUGGUGAUAUUGGUAGGAAAGAAUAAGGAUAUAGUUGUUUAAGAGUGAUGUUGAGAAAAUUAGUAGAAUGAAUUAUUUUCCUUACUUUUAUGUUAGGAUUUUUUAUGCUUACCUGUUUCUGAAAAAUAUUAUGACAGCAUACAACAUCAGUUUAUUUACACU